AUGGAUCAAAGAAUCUCAACUACUGUUCAAGAAAAAUGGCUAGUGAAGUUAAUGGGCUUUGACCACAUCAUUAGAUACAAGAAGGGUUUGGACAACACUGUUGCUGAUGCUUUGUCCAGACUUCCCACUCAUUCUGCAGAUUGCAAUGCUAUGUCUCUUAGUACUCCACAAUGGGCUAAAAAUGUCAUCUCCAGUUAUGAGGCUGAUGAUAUUGUGCAACAACACAUUGCGCAUCUCCUUAUUACUCCUACACAGUCCCCAUUCUCUUAUAUCCAAGGAACUACUCUCAACCUCAGCACUGCAUACCAUCCUCAGACUGAUGGUCAAACUGAGAGAACCAAUGCCUGUGUAGAGCAGUAUCUGAGAUGCAUGACAAGCUCCAAUCCUAAACAGUGGUCUCAAUGGUUAUCUCUAGCUGAGUGGUGGUUUAACACCAAUUACCACACCAGCUUAAAAAUGUCCCCUUUUCAAGCCUUGUAUGGUUAUGAACCAUCUCAUCUCAUAUUUCCAGUUCCUACAACAACUUCAGUUGCUUCAGUGAAGUCCUACCUGAAAGACAGAAAAUGUUAUGUUACAGCUAUUGAAGGAGUACUUGACUAA